UUCCGCUUCCAAAGGAGACACUUCCGGUUGGGAAAUUAGUGGCGACGUUUCUUACGAGGCAUGAAAUGGAAGGAGAAUCAAGCAGAUUUGAAAUCCACCCUCCCGUUUUCAACAAGGAAAAGUACCCUGUAUGUAAGGAAAGACCCCGGAAACGUGUCCACGAAAGUUUCAGAGGCUCUCUGACAAGUGACCACCCUCAAAUAACUAAGAAGAGGAAGGAUUUCCAGCCUCUCAUUUCUUCUCCUUUGAAAAAACCAGAAAUCUGCGAUAAGAGUAAAAAGGCCACUUUGACUCAUCAAAACAGAAGAAAUGGUGCUUUGACGGUAGACAAGGAGACAAGUGUUAUGUAUCUCUUUGUGGACAAAGAAAAUAUUGAGAACAUGCCGAAGAAUUGUCGGAAGGAUGUGGAUGUCGUUUACGUUGAUGUGAGCAAGGUACGAAAGACAACAAAAGGGCAUAAAGCAGACAAAUUGGGUGCCGUUGCCAAGUUGAAUAGAAAUGAACCAGAAGAACUGUAUAAUAAAGUUAGGAGGAAGAAGAAAGAAAAGUGUCCUAGGAAAGCCACGUCCUGGGAUACUGUGCAGGAUCGCCAGCAUGUGAGCAUCUCCCAGCCCCAGCCAGAAUCACACGAGCAGCCAUCUUUGCUGUCUGUGGAUCAAGAAGGUGAAAUCACAGGGCUACCAGAGUCUGCUCGCAAAGACAAAGCGAAGAAAAAAAAGAAACUCUCUAGUCCUUGGGAAUCGGGGGCCUUGGCAAGGCCUGAGAGUCCCGAUGGUGAGUUACCUGAAGGAUUGCAGGUGGCCAGUGAGAUCGGGGCUGGAGAAGGCAGUGAUGUACUCAGAAGGGUCGAGGGAUCCAUCGGUAUGAAGGAAAAGCCUAAGAAAAGGAAGCGUGUGUCUGUGGGAAGCGCCAUGGCGUCUGGCGAUGAGAGCUCUGAGAACACACACUGGCGUUCCACACAAGGCAGUGAUGCUUCGAUUGAAGGGCAUGUGAAACCCAGGCCCCAGAAGGAGUCACACGAGCAGCCAUCCUUUCUAAAGGUGGACCAAGGAGGUGAAAUCCCAGAGCGACCAAAGUCUGCUCAUAGUAGGAAGGCUAAGAAAAAAAAGAAGAAACCAUUCAGUCUCCAGGAAUUGGAGGCCUUGGCCAGGCCUGAGAGUCCUGAUCGUGAGCUCCCUGAAGGAUCACAGGUGGUCAGCGAGAUCGGGGCUGGAGAAGGCAGUGAUGUACUCAGAAGGAUCGAGGGAUCCAUCAGUAUGAAGAAAAAGUCUAAGAAAAGGAAGCGUGUGUCUGUGGGAAGCGCCAUGGCGUCUGGCGAUGAGAGCUCUCAGAACACACACUGGCGUUCCACACAAGGCAGUGAUGCUUCGAUUGAAGGGCAUGUGAAACCCAGGCCCCAGAAGGAGUCACACGAGCAGCCAUCCUUUCUAAAGGUGGACCAAGGAGGUGAAAUCCCAGAGCAACCACAGUCUGCUCAUAGAAGGAAGGCUAAGAAAAAAAAGAAGAAAUCGGAGGCCUUGGCCAGGCCUGCGAGUCCCGAUGGUGAGUUACCUGAAGGAUCACAGGUGGUCAGCGAGAUCAGGGCUGAAGAAGGCAGUGAUGUACUCAGAAGGGUCGAGGGAUCCAUCGGUGUGAAGAAAAAGCCUAAGAAAAGGAAGCGUGUGUCUGUGGGAAGCGCCAUGGCGUCUGGCGAUGAGAGCUCUGAGAACACACACUGGCGUUCCACACAAGGCAGUGAUGCUUCGAUUGAAGGGCAUGUGAAACCCAGGCCCCAGAAGGAGUCACACGAGCAGCCAUCCUUUCUAAAGGUGGACCAAGGAGGUGAAAUCCCAGAGCGACCAAAGUCUGCUCAUAGUAGGAAGGCUAAGAAAAAAAAGAAGAAACCAUUCAGUCUCCAGGAAUUGGAGGCCUUGGCCAGGCCUGAGAGUCCUGAUCGUGAGCUCCCUGAAGGAUCGCAGGUGGUCAGCGAGAUCAGGGCUGGAGAAGGCAGUGAUGUACUCAGAAGGGUUGAGGGAUCCAUCGGUAUGAAGGAAAAGCCUAAGAAAAGGAAGCGUGUGUCUGUGGAAAGCGCCAUGGCGUCUGGCGAUGAGAGCUCUCAGAACACACACUGGCGUUCCACACAAGGCAGUGAUGCUUCGAUUGAAGGGCAUGUGAAACCCAGGCCCCAGAAGGAGUCACACGAGCAGCCAUCCUUUCUAAAGGUGGACCAAGGAGGUGAAAUCCCAGAGCGACCAAAGUCUGCUCAUAGAAGGAAGGCUAAGAAAAAAAAGAAGAAAUCGGAGGCCUUUGCCAGGCCUGAGAGUCCCAAUAACCCUGUGGAAUCGCAGGUGGGCAGCGAGGUCAGGGCAGGGGAAGGCAGCGAUGUGCUCAGAAGGGUCAAGGUAAAGGUCAGUUCGAAGAGAAGGAAGCGUGCAUCUGUCCAGGGCACCUCGGUGCGUGGUGAUGACUUUUUAGUGCAUGGUGAGAACUCGGAGGACACACUCUGUGGCUCGGUGGCAGGCAGUCGUGUUUUGAUUGAAGAAAACGGGAAGGAGGUAGCCCAGGAGGAGCAAGCCCAGGAGGAGCAAACCCAGGCCUCUUCAGGAAAGAAGCGCACCAAAGAGGCACGGAGGUCAGAACCCACCUGUGGAGAAGAAAGCCAUCUGGACUUGGCUGGCGUGCCUGUGAGACUGGCGUCCGAAGACUGGACAGAGUCUGAUCAUUCGGAUGUGGACCUGCAUUCGGCGGUGAGGCAGCUCCAGGAGUUCAUUCCUGACAUCAAGGCAAGGGCUGCCACGACGAUCAAGCGAAUGUACCACGAUGACCUGGAGCGGUUUAAAGAAUUUAAAGAGCAAGGCGUUGCUAUUAGAUUUGGCAAGUUUUCUGCCAAGGAAAAUAAGCAGAUAGAGGAAAACGUGCAAGACUUCCUAUCCCUGACGGGGAUCGAGAACGCGGACAGGUUGCUGUACACAGACAGGUACCCCGAGGAGAAGGCCGCCAUCACGAAUCUGAAGCGGACGCACGCGUUCAGGCUGCACAUCGGGAAGGGCAUCGCACGACCCUGGAAACUCGUGUACUACCGUGCCAAGAAGAUUUUCGACGUCAACAAUUACAAAGGGAGGUACAGCAGAGGGGAUACUGAGAAGCUGAAGGCAUGCCAGUCCCUCCAUGGGAAUGACUGGAAAAAGAUCGGGGCCAUUGUGGCCCGGAGCAGCCUCUCUGUCGCCCUCAAGUUCUCCCAGAUCCGUAACAAAAGAAAUCAUGGUGUUUGGAGUAAGGCAGAAACCCAGAAGCUCAUCAAGGCUGUUGAAGAAGUGAUUCUAAGGAAAAUGUCUCCGCAGGAGUUAAACAGAAUGGAUUCUAAACUCCAAGAAAACCCUGAUAGUCGCCUGUCGAUCGUUCGGGAAAAACUCUACAAGGGCAUUUCGUGGGUCGAGGUGGAAGCGAAGGUGGAGACCAGAAACUGGAUGCAGUGCAAAAGUAAGUGGUAAGUUUUAAAGCCUCACACAUGAAUUCAGUGACAUCUUGCUGUUUUCCUCUCUGGCUUAGAGUAGGCGCGCGGUAGGACUGCUGCGCUCAGAUGUCAGGGAUCAUCUCCGGCCUCUUAAUCCGGCUGCUUCUGUAGCAGCGUCUGAUUUAAGUGCGCACACACGGAGAUGGGUGCAGGAUACGGAUGUGCAGUACCCCCCGCUAGCGUGC